UGGACUUUCGUUUUCAUUUCAUCCACUAAGGCUCCAGUUAGGGAGGGGCAUUUGAUGGAUUAUGAGGUCCACAUUGUGACAGAAUCCCAGUCCGUUAUUCAGCAGUUGAUUCCCAUUGUUGUGAGUGCUGUGUCAGUGUUGUGUCGUUUUAUGGUUUUACACACAAAAACUUCAUCUUUUAUCUCAUGUUUACGCUCUGGAGGACUAAUAGUGCCGUUGUUAAGAUUUAAACCUGUAGGUUAAGCGGAACUGGGCUUUUUUCUUCCUGAGGCAAGGUUUGUUGUCGUGUUCUUCUCAAAUUACAACAUCCGCAAGAUUCCGCACGGAACGAGCUAACGUUACUGAAGAGGAAGAGCUGAGCUAUGGCGUCCUCCGUCCCGGUUCUUCUGCUCCUGUCCGCGGUUUUAUUCACGGCGACAUUCGCUGAUGAUGACUGCAAAAGCUACUUCUCCAGUGCUGGUGAGCUGAAGCCCUCCAUUGAGUGCUCGUUUUUACAGUUCUGUUGUGGGACGUGUGAUAACAGAUACUGCUGCUCCAAUCCACUUAGGAAGUUAUCCGAGGAUGACCAAGACGACUGUUUUUUGUGUAGCCUAUGCCAAAAAUACUGGAAUGUGACUUUUGAGAGCAGAAAAACUGAAUGCUGGAGCAUUCUGGGAUUCCCCACCCAGUCUGACUCACUGUGUCCACAGCAACCACAAAUAAGGGGGAGGAAACGCCCUUGUGUUACAGCUGUUAUGGGAGCAACAACAACUACAGUGGUAACCACACAAUAUCCUCAGCAGCCUGUCGUUCAGGGAGGUCAGUACCCACCGUAUCAGCCCAUGCCGCCUCAGGCCGGGUACGGCGGCACACCAGCUUAUGGUGGACAACCCAUGCAGACGGGACCCUAUCAGGGCCAGCCAUAUGCAGCGGGACCACCACCCCCAUAUCAGGUGGCCGGAGGCCCAGGAUAUCCUGUUCCCUACAGCCAGGGACAGUACCCCAUGCAACCACCAGUUCAGCCCGGAUUCGCUCACCCGCCCCCAUCAACAGACUACAGCUCAACUCAACCUGCUUACAACCCCAGCUACGUGGAGCCACCGAAGCCCGGCUACUAAACCACAACCUGGAUUGUUGAUGGUUAUGUAGUUUUAUCCUAAAAUUGUGCAAUGUAUAUAUACUGUGGACCCCAUCCUCCAAUCGGCUCGGGAAUGAACCGAUUAAUGUUUGCUAUCAUUGCUGCUUUUAAAGUCUUUGCGUGUGCUAGCAGUGUUUUCUUUACACUUAAGUUUAUAUUUUUAUCUACUCCAGCCAUUGUCGGUGACUCCAAGCCAUAUGUUGUUUUCGCUUUGUUUGUUUUUCUCCACUAAGCAAAAGGUAACAAUCUUCCGAGCCUCAGAAAUGACCCUCUUCUUCUUGAAAUGCCGUUAGACGCCUUAAAGCUCGCAAGCUUGAUUUUAACCUGGGAAUUUGCACAAGACGUCGACACUUUAUCAGUUGGUGCAUUCGAACGACAGCAGCAUGCUGUUUUAGAUGUUUUCACGUUGUACUGUUCAGGUUUAUGCAUUUGUGAAUGUUUGUAACAGUGUUCUCUUGACAGAGAUCCACAAUAUGCCUUAUUUAAUGCAGCAAAUUACUCGUGGUUACCAUGUGUUUGGAUUAUUUUAUGUAAUUUGGAUGUUGAAGGAAUUCCAUGUUUAUGAAGGAGGCGUCAACACGGUUUAUAUUUUUUCCUUGAGGGUCUGAAAAACAUUUGAAUAUCGCUGCGUGAGGAAGAGGCUUUGUUUGGUACUCUGGAAAAUGUUGUGACACACUCUUCCGUGUUAUAACAUUAGGUCAUAUGUUAUCUCUGUUCGGUCUUCCACAGAUUUCUGUUGGGUGUGAGGUCACAUUUUUUAGAUGUUCUUGGUUUAAUAACUCUCCAUGUUUGCAACCGCAAAUAAAAAGUUGUUGUGCUGGAA